CAUUCGGCAGCAACCGCGCGCGGACGCUCGCAAAAAUAAUAACUCCGGCGAGGGCGUCCUCUUUACUGAUUCACCAUCAUGUCGAAAAACUGCAUGAUAACGUUCGACCAGAAUGAGCACGGCACCUACUUCACCGGCCAGGUGAUUACCGGCAAAGUGAUCGUCAAUCUGACCAAGGCCAAGAAACUGCGCGGAAUCAAACUGGAGAUCAGUGGCUAUGCACAGGCACAGUGGAGACUCCGCAGAAAUGGCCGGGCGAUGGCCAUCCAAAACUCCAAGAAGCGAUCGAAGCACCAGUACAGCGGACGGGAGGACUACAUAGCCUCCACCACUUACCUAAUGGGCUCCGAGCAGGGCAGUACCUUCAGCAUGGACGCUGGCACGUACACCUACACUUUUGCCUGCCCCAUUCCCAGUCACUGUCCCUCGUCCUUUGAGGGUGCCUUCGGCCAUAUCCGGUACCUGGCCAAGGUCACCUUCCUUAAGCCGGGCGCCUCCAAUCGCACCCACAACGUGGGCUUCACGGUGCUGAAGCUUCUAGACCUCAACCAGGAGAGCAAGAUGCUUCGCGAGCCGGCGAGCAACGAAGCCGUGGAGUACUUCUGCCUAAUGCACACGAAGCCCGUGGAGCUGAAGGUCACUCUGCAGCAGCAGGGCUACGUCCCCGGUCAGUUUUUGCUGGUCCACGCCCAGGUGCGUAAUGAGUCCAGCUCCGACUGCCGGAAACUACUGAUCAUGCUGCACCUGCGGGCUACCUACACGGCGGACCAGCCGUCUCUCCGCACGACCUCCGAGAAGAUAAUGCUGGUGAAGCGCGAGUGCGGACCAGUGGCUCACCAUGGCCAGAGGACCUACACGGAAUCCCUGAGGAUCCCAGCCACGGCACCCACCUGCGAGCACCUGAGCAAGGUGGUGCGCGUAUCCUACGAAGUGCGUGUGGUGGCUGUGAUGAACUGGUUGAUGGCCAACCCGCGGGUGAUCAUCCCCAUAACUAUAGGAAAUGUGCCGCUGGCCACUGCGGCCUCGGGACCGGACUUCCUGCCAGCCAACGCCUAUGCCGCCGAAAUUGGAAGCCCGCUGCCCUCCGAUUUGCCGUGCACCUCCACAAGAGCCAUGGAACUGGCUCAGAUGUCCAGCAGCGGGGUGAGCAACUCCGGCUACGAGGUAAGCGAGGAUCUUGAGGACUUCGAGCUGCCGGAGGACGGAGACGAUGAGCAGGAGGCGAGCGACGAGUUCGUGUCAGACUUACCUCCCCCUACGUACGAACAAGCCAUGUUUAUGACCGCUGAUAUAGCGGACACAGACGCAAACACCGUCAGCGCGUCUUCCCGGUUUACACCGCGCUACCCGGUUUUCGAUGUGGACACCUUCCAAAACCCCCCGCCUAAUCCUCCGCAAAAGAAGAGGCGCCGCCGCCGGAGACGACCCGCCGAUCCUGGACAGUCGAAGCAGCGUCCGGAGAAACAGCCCAUGGAGUCACCCGUGCAAAUCUGAGUCCUCUAUCGCUUUAAAUUCGACUUUAUCUUAUCUCGGCAGUAUUUAUUUCUUUUUUGGUUUGCCAGUCUACUAACCAAAUGAUAGUAUAUAUAUCUACACAUACCUACGAAAUGGUAAAUAAACAAACAAGAAUA